AUGGGUUCCCAAAUUGAGCCGCUCGAGCUAUGGCGGCAUCCCAACCCCGAGUCAACGCAGAUGUACAAGUUUCUGCAGCAUGUCAAGAAAAAGUAUCGUUUGGAUAUUGACGACUAUCCCGGGCUGUACAAGUGGUCGGUUGAGAACGUGCCUGCGUUCUGGGAGGAUGUCUGGCGAUUCUGCGGUAUAAAGGCUUCCAAGCCGUAUACGGAGGUCUUACCACCCAAUGCACCAAUGUACCCACGCCCAGAUUUCUUUGCGGGGUCCUUGUUGAAUUUUGCGGAAAAUAUGCUCCAUCCCAAGGGCAGUAAUGUUUCUGAUGACUCGCCUGCCACUAUCACUGUGACCGAAGUUGAGGGCAAAGAGGUUACGACAACUUGGGCCCAGUUGCGGGAAGCUGUGCGCAAAUGUGCCAAUUCUCUGCGAGCGGCCGGGCUGAAGCCCAAGGACAGGGUGGCAGGUUUUGUAUCGAACCACCACCAGGCCAUUAUUGCAAUGUUGGCGGCCGCUUCUAUCGGAGCCGUUUGGACAGGCAUAAGCCCCGACAACGGUGUAAGUGCUGUACUGGAUCGCCUUGCGCAAAUUGAGCCAAAAGUCCUCUUUGCAGAUAAUGGAAUGGUCUACAACGGCAAGUCGUGGUCAUCUACCGCCAAGACCCUAGAGAUUGUCGACGGGCUCAACGGAAAAGGACUGGAGCUCGUGGUCGUCAUCAACAACAUAGCGGUCGAACUAGGACUGGACGAGAUCAAGGACAAGGGAUUCAAGGCUGUCGACUACGAGGGUUUCCUCGACCAAGGGACGGACGGCGGUAAGCUGGAAUUCGAGCAACUCCCUCCAUCGCAUCCGCUCUAUAUCCUCUACUCGAGUGGCACAACCGGCCUUCCCAAGGCCAUUGUCCAUACGGCACUUGGUACGCUGAUCCAGCACAAGAAAGAACUUUUCCUGCACUGUUCUGUCGACGCUAGCUCCACUAUGCUUUAUUAUACAACCACCUCUUGGAUGAUGUGGCACUGGUCCAUAGCCGCACUUUCAUGUGGUGCAACUCUAGUCUUGUACACGGGUUCCCCCUUCAAGCCUCACGGGCACUUGUCCAUCCCUAAGCUUCUUGCCAAGUACAAGGUGACGCACUUUGGGACGUCGGCAAGCUAUCUCACGACGCUCGAGUCGAAUGACCUCAUUCUCGAGAAGGAGGGCAUUGAGCUCCCGCAUCUACAGGCCGUGUACUCGACAGCAUCACCGCUGCCGCCAUCGACUUUUUCAUACGUGUACCGGGCGUUCCCAUCUAGGAUUAAUCUCGGCUCUAUCACGGGUGGCACAGACAUCAUUUCGCUUUUCGGAGCGCCAUGCCCGCUCCUGCCUGUUUACGCAGGCGAGAUUCAGUGUGCUGGACUGGGCAUGGCGAUUGCCGUCGGUGAUUCGGUCACAGGCGAACCCACACCCGGCGAGGACGGUGAGCUCAUCUGUACGGAGCCGUUCCCGUGUCAACCAUUGACCUUCUGGGGCCCCGGUGGUGACGACAAAUACAAGGCGAGCUACUUUGAACGGUUUGAGGCCCGGCCUCUUAAGGGUCCAAUUUGGCAUCACGGCGACUUCGUCCGCAUUGACCCGCGCACGGGCGGUUUGACCAUGCUAGGCCGCUCUGAUGGCGUACUCAAGCCGAGCGGUGUGCGUUUCGGCUCGGCCGAGAUUUAUAACAUCUUGACCAAGUAUUUCAGCGGCGAGGUAGAGGACGCCGUCUGCAUCGGCCGACGCCGCGAGACGGAUCGUGACGAGACUGUUUGCUUGUUCGUUGUCAUGUGCGAGGGGCGGGCCUUUAGUGAGGACUUGGCCGAGAGGAUUAAAACCAUGGUCCGGAAGGAGCUCAGCCCGAGACACGUGCCGGCCGUUGUGGAGGAGGCCGGAGGCGGCAUCCCGAGGACGAGCAACGGAAAGAAGAUCGAGGUUGCGGUUAAGCAGAUUCUUUCGGGCAUCAAGAUCAAGACCAACGCCAGCGUUGCCAACCCGGAAGCCCUAGACUGGUUCCAGAACUGGGCUUCCCAGGGCACCAAGAGAAAGUUGUCUCAAGCAGCAAAGUGA